AUGCUGCAGGGAGUCCACGCCGGGCUCAACCUGGGCGCAAAGAACAACCUCGUAGUCUACUGGGGCCAGAACUCGUACGGCCAGUCUAGUGGAGACUUGAGCCAGCACCGGCUCUCGUAUUACUGCGAUAAUGGCGAUAUCAACGUCUUCAUCAUUUCCUUCGUCACCCAGAUCAACGGACCCGGAGGCGUCCCCGCCGUAAACUUCGCGAACGCAGGCGACAACUGCACCCCAUUCAGCGGGACUUCUCUCCUGAAUUGUCCCCAAAUUGCGGAAGACAUCAAAUACUGCCAGUCCAAGGGUAAAGCCAUCCUCCUCUCCAUCGGCGGCGCCACCUACACCGAAGGCGGAUUCUCCAGCGCAGCAGCAGCCGAAUCCGGCGCCCAGCUCAUCUGGAACACCUUCGGACCAGCCAACAACAACGCCCUGCGCCCCUUCGGCAACGCCGUCGUCGACGGAUUCGACCUAGACUUUGAGGCAACCGUCAACAACAUGCCAGCCUUCGCCAACCGCCUCCGCGCCCUGUACCAGAAUGGCGGCAAACAGUACUUCCUGACGGCCGCGCCUCAGUGUCCCUACCCCGAUGCCGCAAACGGGGCCAUGCUGAACGGCGCGACCUACUUCGACGCCAUCUGGGUCCAGUUCUACAAUAACUACUGUGGGCUACAGUCGUACGUGGCUGGCUCAAGCUCCCAGCCCACCUUCAACUUGGCAACCUGGGACGAGUGGGCGCGCACGACUUCGCGCAACGAGAACGUCAAGGUCUUGAUUGGAGCACCGGCUAAUACGGGGGCUGCUGGCUCGGGGUAUGUCUCUGCUGGCGUGCUUGGGCAGGCUGUUCGCUAUGGGAAGCAGUUUUCGAGUUUCGGGGGGGUUAUGUUGUGGGACGCAAGUCAGUCCUACGCCAAUAACGGUUUCCUUUCUGCAGUCAGGUCGGCUCUUGGAUGA